GGAUGGGUGGCGAAGAGCUCACGCAGUCAGCCUGGUCCCCUGAGUCUGCAAGUUGGAUGCAAGAGUGCAGGAAACGUGCGCAAAUACUGAAGUGACAGGAAACCAAUCGACAUUGUAUACAGCUUCAACACGGAAUGAUGCCUAAGAGAGGAUGUGUACCAGCAGGAAGAUCAUCUUCUGUCUGCUUGUGCUUUCCAUCCUGGAGAUAGGGCUGGGGGUAUCCAGCAUUGCCUUGGGAGCGGUGGGGAUCAGCUGGGUCAGCGGCGAGCAGAGCCCACAGCUGGGAGACUCCUCUCCGGUAUGGAGCGGUGUGUGCUUUCUUAUAUGUGGUUUGUGUGGUGUGUUAUGUGCCAAAAAGAAAUCUGGACUUAUUAUGAUAUUAUUUUCUGCUUUUUGUAUUUGUGGACUGAUUGGAGGAAUACUAAACUUUCAGUUUGUCAGAGCACUGGUGAAACAAUCAUCCGCACUCUACUCGCUGCAUCUUGCUGCAAUGUCCCUUGCAUGCUUGGGUAUAGCUGUGUGCACAAUCUCUGCUUGGCUCACCUGUCGUCUUGCUAGCAAUGAACAGCAAAGGAUGUUUUUGGAAAGAGAGCACUCUCUCCACCAUUCUCAUGAAAUGACUGAAAAGGAGCUCCCAGAUAACAUGAGCAAUGGGAUUCCACAGAUUAUGCACAAUGGAAAGCCAGCAAUACAAUUAUGACAUACUUGAUUUGGUUCUUCUUUAAAUAUAGCAUCCUGAAACAAGAUGACAUACCAAGUCAUGCCAUUUUUUGCAUACUGGAUACAAUGCAAAUAAUUGCUUUUCUUCCAAUGGAAGUAGGUAUUAACAGUGUCUCUGAAAGCAGAAAAUGCUCUCUUGUAUAAAUAUCAGCCGUUUAUCUGCUUGUUGAUUGUCAGCUUUUUAUGCUGAUUUGUCCUUAUGAUCAAUUUAAACACAGGAAUACUUUAAAAUGGAAGCAGUGCUGUAAAAAUUAAUUAUGAUGAGCACUUGCUAGUGGUUUGUUUAACCUUAACAGGUUUUUAUUUGUUUCUUAAAUUUUAAGACUAUGAACUGUUCAAGUAGAAAUGGUGACGUACUGCAAGGAAAGUGUAAAAAUGCAUACUCAUGGGAUUUUUAAGCAGAGAAUGAAAUAUUUUUAUAUAUACAAAAUAUAAUAAAGAAGCAUAUAUUAUGAUUGUGAGGCUUAAUUCUGUCUACUACUUUUAUAUAUAUGAUAGCUGUUUACUACAAAAAUCAUCUCUGAUGGAAGGCUAGUUCUGGUAGUAGAAUGUUCUAAUAAUUUUUGUAAAUUUGCAAAUAUUAUAGCAAAAAUGUAAGUAACUUAAAUGAUAAAUUGGAGGUUUCAGUACCUUGGCAAUACUCUACUGUAAGUCACCAUGGACAGCAGCAUGCAAAAAGAGGCUGUCUUUAACAGUUUGCUGAGCUAUACUAGAAAGACCUUGCUCUCUUCAAAGUGUCUACUGUUAGCAGUUUUCUGACGAUCAUUAUUUCCCUCAGUUAACCGCACUGAAUGCACCCAGAGGGCAUUCAGGACUUGAGUAAGCUUCUAGACCUUAAGAUUUACAAACUGCAGAUAGGCUACUAUGUUUACCAACUGUAAAGAAAGCUAAUCAAUUCAUCUCAAAAUAUAGCCGAGUUCUCAGCCCUUUGCAAUGUUGAUGGAUUUUUUUUUUGAUAGUUACUUUUGUCUGGUCACUCAGGCUUUUCCUAGUAUUUAGAACUGAAAUAAUAUCUUAUUUCAAAACUGGCACUAAUAUAGGAUUGUUGCAUUGUGAAAUGACUCAUAGCAUGUGUUGUAGGCCUUUAUUGUAAUUAUCUACAGUUAUGAGUUUAAACCUUACAUAUAAAAAUGAUGUCAAUGUAAAAAAUUAGAAUUGGAAAAUCCUCAUUAUGUAGAACUGUUUCCCUUGGAAAAAUUGAGUUUUAUUACCUAUCCAAAUGAACCUUACUUCUUCACAAUGGGUUUAUUAAAAUGUUUUUAUUUUAAUACCUGAA